CACAAGGGAGUUCAUGAGUUGUGUAUGGCUGCCAGCAGUGGGAGGGGUCGGAUGGUACCAGAAGGAGAGUGCUGGGGAGCCCUGUGGAGCUGGCGGUGGUUCUCUGGAAUGCAGGCAGCUGUCCCAGGCACUCUGCUCCUAAGGUUGGAAGGGAAGAGCAAGGGCUAAUGGAGAUCCGUCUGUCUGGUCUGCCCCAGCCUGCAUGAGGAGUACAGCCCAGCCUGACAGAGUCCAGAAGCUAAGGGUCACUGAAGUGUCUCUGACAGCCUCACCAUGAACCUGGAGCCACCCAAGGCCGAGAUUCGGUCAGCCACACGGGUUAUAGGAGGACCAGUUACCCCCAGGAAAGGACCACCUAAGUUUAAGCAACGGCAAACCAGGCAGUUCAAGAGCAAGCCCCCCAAGAAAGGCGUCCAAGGGUUUGGAGAUGACAUCCCUGGGAUGGAAGGCCUGGGAACAGACAUCACUGUCAUCUGCCCUUGGGAGGCCUUCAACCAUCUGGAGCUGCAUGAGCUGGCUCAGUACGGCAUCAUUUAGUCAGUCCCUGCUACGCUAGCCGUGGAAGAGGCCUGCUGGAGACCCGCUCUUCUCUACCACGCCCACCCUCUGUAAGCCCUGUCCAGGAUCCCUGCCCAAGCCCAAGCCCGAGUCCCUAGCCAGGUUGUCCCUGGCCUCCAGGUGGGACAACUUCAUGCCCUGACACCAGCUACCAGAGCCGACAGCCUCCCACAGGCCACUCUGCUGACCUGAAGUCCCUGGUCAGAAGAAAGAAGGGAGGGGGACCCAGCCCCACCUCCUGUCCUUCUUGUGGCUGGAAUGCAGGAGUGGACUCCCCAAUAAUGUUUCCCUGAACUGCCUUCUGUGGGUAAGAAAGUUCCUCUGUCCUGCAACCCUUCCAGAUGGGUGUUUUGGGGUAGGACACUGUCCUGGGGUGAUGUGGUGAGAGAGACCGAGGUUACUCCACCCAUUAUACCAGCCUUCCCAACAUACUCUGUCCCUUGUCCCUAUUGCAAAAUAAAAUUAGCAUAUCCUUGCUUAUCUGAGGUGCUUUG